AUGACCUCCACCCAGCGAGUGGAGAGCGCCAACCACAUGCUGAAGGUGUACGUGCCAAAGCACUCAUCAAUGAACAAGUUUGUGUCACAGUAUGACAAGCUCCGUAAGGACAGGAACGAGGCAGAAGAUUCAGAAGAGCACAUGAACAAUCAGGCUACCGGAUGCGCUAGGGGAGGGUGGCCUAUCGAGAGGCAUGCAUCAAAGAUUUACACAAUGGUUGUUAUGAGGCAUUUCAAGGAUGAGCUUGUGAAAGGCCAGUCGUUCAUUCCGAAAGAGCUUGAGGCCGGCAAACUCUAUGAUCUUCAGCACGCGUAUGCGGAGCAUAAGCCCUCCUGGUCUCGCUCGUCAUUUAUUGUCAGGAUUGAGGACGAUGAACAUUACCAUUGCGAGUGUGGAUUGUAUCCCCACGCGGGUAUGCUCUGUGGCCAUGUCAUUUGGCUCAUGAUACAUCUUGGUGUGAGGAGGGUCCCUGACUGCCACAUCAUGAAGAGGUGGACAAAGAAUGGAAGGGACCUGCCGGAUGUGCUUUUCGAUGGCGGCAGUGGUGACCUGCGGCCUGCCCUUCCGAGAUCUUUAAUGCAGAAUCUGAUGCGGGUUAUUGUCUUAGAGCUGUUGAAGAUGGGAAACAAAAGUGACGAGGCGUCCCGUAUUGUCAUGAAACACGUGGCGGCUGCAAAAUGUGAAUUGAGGAAUACCGAGAUGGAGACACCACCCGUGUACUACUCGAGUGAGUGCGAAGAUGGCGUGAAAUCGAGAAGACCUAUGUCACGGCCACUCGACCCGGUGAAAGGACUGGCUGAGCAUGGACCAUUCACGGACGAUGGGGUUGCGAUCAGGGAGCCGCUGGUCAACAGGUGUCGAGGUCGGCCCAAGGGAAAUAGGUACAAGUCUUGCCUCGACAGUGCACCAAGGAAGACCUGCGCCAAUGUUGCUGCAGCUGACCGGCCGGAAGGGCUAUCGAAGCAAACAGUUUUCUGCAGGAAGUGCAGGAAGCCGGGGCACAAUGCAGCGACCUGUCGAGGUGAUGCACGGGAAUCUCAGCAGCCAGAAGGUGGCCCCGUUAAGAAAGCACGGCGGCAAAACAGAUGCGGCAGGUGCAAAGGGCUGGGGCAUAAUGCAGCCACCUGUGCUGUGAGAGUGAAGUGUUUCUGGCAGGUGGAAAACCAAAUGUAA